AUGCUAUGUUAUGAUGAAGGAUUUGACGAUUUUGACAUCCGUUAUAUUGGCGGUUUAUGGGUAAUAAUGGAGUUUAAACAUAAAGAUGCAUGUAAAAAUUUCCUUGAAAGCGGGGCUAUGGGUCGUUGGAUAGUUGAGAAACGACCAUGGGAUAGAAACUUUGUCCCUUUACAUCGUUUGAUUUGGGUUGAUGUGGAAGGAUUACCUCUACGGGCAUGGAAGGUUAUGACGUUCAAUAUAGAUGGACAUCAUUUUUUGGUUAGAAUAAAGGAAGCACUGGGGUGGACUCCAUCAUUUGCAUGGGAAAAUAAGGUUACCAGUGAUGGUUCAAGUGAGCAUGGUAAUGGAUUGGAAUAUCAAGAUGAAAAUUUGCAAGCAGGUGAUUCAGUUAAGCAUAGCAACCCGGCAGCAACUAUAGCUCCUUCUUUACCUUCGGUUUUGGAAUCUCGGCUCCAUGAACCUAAUCAGGAAUUAAAUGCGAAAACUAAUGAUACGCCAAUUGGUUUUUCGGGUAGUUUUGGAAGGUUAUCGAGUAUUGUUGAUUCAGAAGAUAAUUUAACUCAUCCUCAAGGAUUUUCUAAUAGUAACAACUUGGCUGGUUGUUUGGAUGCUUCGUAUAAUAAAGGGUCUUUCUUAUGUGAGAUCCAAAAAACAAUGGAGAUGGGAAAGGCAAUGGGAUACGACUUGGAGGGAUGUUAUGAUCGAGUAAAAGAAAUUGUUGAAGGGGUCAGAGAUAAAAUAGUGUUGAGAUGA